UCAAUUAUUCAAAAAGGAAAAUGGCAUCAUAUGCCCACAAUGUUGUGGGACUUGGGAUUUUCUUGGUAAUGCUUGUGGCAUUAGUAGAGGCCACUCCUCCUGGAAUAGCCUACCAUCCAAGCCAUUCUCAUUGCUCUGAUGAUGAGAUCAAGCAAUGUAAAAAUCUUCCCCAUGUUUGUCCCAAGUUCUGUCCUAAUGGUUGCAUAACUGAGUGUCGUUCUUGUAAGCCUAUUUGCAUUGAUGGCUCACCUCCACCUCCCUAUUCCCCUCCUCCAUCAACAUCACCUCCAUCAACAACUCCAAAGAAGUUUAAGUGCAAGAACAAGAAAUACCCGAGUUGUUAUAAUCAAGAACAUACGUGCCCUAGCUCUUGCCCUGGUACUUGUCAAGUUGAUUGUGUCUCUUGCAAACCUGUUUGCAAUUGUGACAAGCCAGGAGCUGUUUGCCAAGAUCCACGUUUCAUUGGUGCAGAUGGCAUUACCUUCUACUUCCAUGGCAAGAAGGACAAAGAUUUUUGCCUGGUCUCAGACUCUGACUUCCACAUUAAUGCCCACUUCAUAGGAAAACGAAAUGAGAACAUGAAAAGAGACUUCACAUGGGUUCAAGCCAUCGGUAUACUUUAUGGUACUCACAACAUCUCUGUUGGAGCACAAAAAACAGCAACAUGGGACGAUGCCAUCGACCGCCUUUUCCUCAACUUUGACGGUGAAACUAUUGUUCUUCCCGACAACGAAGGCGCAAGGUGGCAGUCUGAAACUGAACCAAUAGCCUCCAUUACUCGAACCAGCGACACCAAUGAAGUUAUAAUCGAAGUUGAAAACAUUUUCAAGAUUGCAACAAAGGUGGUGCCUAUUACUGAUAAAGAAUCUAGAGUUCAUAACUAUGGCAUAGCAAAAGAUGAUUGUUUUGCACAUCUUGAACUUGGGUUCAAAUUUUUCUCACUCAGUGAUGAAGUGAGUGGUGUUUUGGGCCAAACUUAUAGAAGGAACUAUGUGAGCAGAGCGAAGAUGGAUGUUUUGAUGCCUGUAAUGGGAGGUGACAAAGAGUUUUCAGCUUCGGGACUCUUUGAUGCUGAUUGCUCUGUGACUAAGUUUCAAACACCAAAAUCAGAGAAUGAGGAUUCGUUGAAUUUGGAGCUGCCCAGCUUGAGAUGCAAAAGUGGGAUUUAUGGACGUGGAGUUGUCUGCAAACGUUGAGAUUUCUUGAUUAAACAUUAAUUGUUAGUCAUGAGUGAAUAAAGAGUUGACUAGAAAAUAAGGUUAAUUACAAACCAAAGGAAUAUAAUAUUUAAGAACUAUGCUCAAAGAAAAAUUAUUAAAGUUGGGCGAAAAAGAUUUACUGAUAUUAAACUUCUUCUCCA